GCUCACAUGGAGGAAUGCAAACAACUUCUGCAUUAAAGAAACUGCUGUGGCGUGAUCCCGAAGAAUUGAGUGAUGCUGAUUAUUUAAUCUAACUAACCUGUCCUCCAUGACUGAAGCCGUGUUUCAAGCGCCUAAACGGCGUGCGAAGAUUUAUGAAUCAUUUGAAGCUCCUCUUCCAGUCUCAUUUAGCAGAGAAAAUGGAGAUAUUAUCAUAUACAGAGCAGAAAUCAUCAGUCAUCAUGUGAUAGUGACAGAUCCUGCUCAUAUACAGGCUCUAUAUGAGAGGGGUUAUUUUGGUAAAGGAGUGUUUUCUAGAUCCAGACCUGAACACAUGAUCUCUCAACAAUGGAAAUACAUUGGUGACAGAUGUCUCCCUGUUAUCUCAUCAUCAGAAUACCAGAAGCGUAUUGGUUGGGCACAGGCUGCUCUCUUGAUGCAGGGAUUGGAGGAAGACGCUGUCAGUAAUGCAUUGCAGACACUCACUAAACGAGUGGAGCUUGAUAUUGGUGAUGAACAUGGCAGAGAACCUAUCAAAUGUCAGAUCGAAAACUUUGGUGGAUCAUUGGUGGACCAACUAGUGGAUGAUAUGUCUGGUGAUGCAGAUCUAGACAAUGUAAAAUAUAAUCUGGGCCAUACUGAUGCUGAAAAGCCUCAAUGUCAAGGAAACCCUCUUUAUGAUCCUUUAGCUGAACUUUAUCCUGAAGAACCUGAGCAAUUGGACCAGCACUCUAACCCCAGUGUGAAGUGCAAAAGACAUGAUGACUGGAUCAUUCACUGUGGCUGUUGGCCUGAUGAGAGGCAAUCGAUGAGUUCAAAGCUUAGCAUGCCAGAUGUUGACCCAUCUGAAGGUUAUGAAUAUGUUCUGGUGGAAGAACUUGAAGAUGGCGAUAAUAAAAACACAGAGGAAAACUCAGAGGGUCGAUCGGGCAAGUUGGUAUGCAGAAUCAACCCGUUUACUAUGAUGGAGUACCUGCAACUGAGUUAUGAAGAAGCUUUCUUUCUGGUGUAUGCACUUGGAUGCUUGUCAGUUUAUUACAGUGGGGAGCCUCUGUCGGUUAUUCAGUUGUGGGCGAUGUUCUGCUCAGUGCAGCCCAACUUCUCCACCACCUACACGGCCUAUCAUUAUUUCCGCAGUAAAGGCUGGGUGCCCAAGUCUGGAAUUAAGUAUGGAACAGAUUUAAUGCUGUAUCGAAAAGGACCACCAUUUUAUCAUGCAAGUUACUCAGUGGUGGUGGACAGAGUAGAUGACUCUUGCAAAGCUGCUGCACUGCGGCCCUUCAGCUGGAGGUCUUUCGCCACUCUGAGCAGAAUUACUGGUAAUGUCUCAAAGUCUUUAGGUCAGUUCCAAAACCUAGUGAGCUGCCUCACUGUCUCCUGCCUACAUAGGCAGCAGUGUUCAUUUUUACACUGUUUUUCUGUUAUUGUCUUAGAUUUUUGUCUUUUAAAUGUUGUCAAUAUUUCGUCAUAUUAUAUUCAUUAAUUUGUGUUUGUUUUACUCUUACUUUACUAUUCAUUUUAAUCAACGAAAAUAACAUAUUUUAGUUGAUGAGAAAAUGCAAAAUUACAAAAAUUGUCUGUUGAACACACCAAACUUUAAUCAAGUAUACAAACAUUUAGAAAAAUGUAUAAACAUUUUAUUAAUUUAAACAUUUAUGAAACAUAUAAAAGACAUGGGUGCAAAGAGACAAAAUACAGACUGUCCUUGUUGUGAAAACGAGCUCCUGAAAUAAUAGCAUAUAAUGUAUUACUAAAGUAUUAGCUAAUUUCUUUUUAAAUACUGCAUUAUGAAUUUUUUGUGCUUUGGAGACUGUAAAAUUUCCAAUGUUUUAGCUGGUUUAGGAUAUUGCAUAGCAUUUAGCAUUUUCCGCUUCAUUGUCUAUUCAGAUAUAAGUUGUAAUUUUAUGUGUAUGUUGUGGAUAUAGUGAUUAAUCUCAUGUAAACAUGUAAAUAGUAGGCGUUUGAGUGAGGUAAUUAUCCUGUUUGUAUUGCAGUUCAAUUUGCCAGUGUUUUUGCCACUUUUUCUGUUCACGCAAAUAAAGCAGGCCCAAUUUACUAGAUUAUUGAAUUCAGAAUGAAUCACUUAUAUCUAGAUAUUUCUUCUCCGAAAAACAUGUUUUUCUUGAGGUUUCUUCUUCUGUUUGUGCCCUGGUAUUAUCAUGCAGUAUAAUUUUAACAUCAUAUUAACUGUAUGUUUUAAUUAUCAUUAUAAUGCGUCUUUUUCGUCUAGUAUUCGUUAUCUAUGAUGAAAUAAAAAAUAAAAAAAACCUUUGUCAAUGAUCAUUUACCUCUGUAACUUUGUUGACAGUAGUAACACUGAUUGGCAGCCGCCUGCUGUGGCAGCGUAGGGAUAAGUAGGGAUAGGCGGAUCGAUCCUAAAGUAUAGAUACUUUUGAAACUUUUUUGUUUUUUUACUGGUGAUGUUAUUAUUUUGUUACCAUGAAAAUGAAUGCAUAUCAUAAACUUUAAAGGGGGAGUUCACAAACAAAUUUAAAUUCUCUCAUCAUUUACUCACCCUCAGGCCAUCCCAGAUGUGUAUGACUUUCUUUCUGCUGCUGAACACAAACAAAGAGUUUUAGGAGAAUAUCUCUGCUCUGUAAGUCCAUUCAGUGGUGACCAGAACUCUUAAGGUCCAAAAAGUACAUAAAGGCAGCAAACAAUUAAUCCAUACAACUCCAGUAGUUAAAUCAGUAUCUUCAGAACUGAUAUGAUGGGUGAGGGUGAGAAACAGAUUAAUAUUAAAGUCUUUUUUUACUAUAAAUAUCCACCUUUGACCAGCCCGAACCAGUAGGUGGCGAUAUGCACAAAAAAUGUGAAUCGGCAAAAAACAAAAGAAGAAAAAUAAUGUGAAAGUGGACAUUUAUAGUAAAAAUGGACUUAUUUAAUUUUUUUUAUUUUUUUAUGACAACCAUUCACUUGCAUUGUAUGGACCUACAGACCUGAGAUAUUCUUAUAAAAAUACACAUCUGGGAUCACAUGAGGGUAAGUAAAUGAUGAAAGUAUUUUCAUUUUUGGGUGAAUUAUCCCUUUAUAGUGACAAAAAGUAUAUAUUAGGUAAAUGGUAGCAUAGGAUAGGAACUGUUUGUUCUUUCGCUCAUCUUAACAAGAGAACUGCUGAAAGACACGAGUCAAAUACAGCGUUGGUUCAAACAAGAAGUGCAUGGCAAGUAAGGUAAUGACAGAAAAACAAACAGCAGUUGAAGUUAAUUCACACUAAACAAGGACAAAUCUAAAUGUGACAUUUAUUAUGAUGGGUUUGUUUCUAAGUUUAUUUAAAUUGAAAGUUGUUAAAUUUAUAAUUGUUAAUAAAUUAUACCAUUAUUAAAAUUAAUCAUGGUUUUACUAUACUUAUAUUGUAAUAACCACGACUGUAUUAACCAUGGUUUUAUGGUGGUUUUAAGGUUACUGUCACUGAUCAAUAAUAUAGAUACAGCAUAAAGAUCAGUGGUUACUGAAGUAAAAUCAUGGUUAAUUUUCUUAAGGUUAAACAAAACAGAAGUCUAAGCAUUUUUAAUUUAAGGCCUAUAAAUGGAAAAAAAUAUGGUUUUAAAAAAUACUAUUGAAGUAUACUGUAUAAAGUAUUUUAUAAAUAUAAAUAAAAAAACAAUUUUACCCAUUUUUCCCAAGAAUUACCAAAAAAUUCAUUCAUUAAUUAAUAUUGUAUUGUAUCAGUGGUAUUGGCCUUGAAAGUACUUAAAAAAUCAGAAAAUAAGCGGUAUCGCCCAUCCCUACCCUAAGAAACCGAUUUGGAACUGUAAAUAGGUGGCAACUCGUGCAUCAUUCUGCUAUGUCUUAAUCCGGGCAUUAAGACAUAGCAGACCGGUCGUCCAGGUAUUACAAGUCCUCUUUCCCAGUGUUGGGGGUAAUGCAAUAAAAGUAACAUAUGUUACGUGAUCAGAUUACUUUUUUUGAGUAACGAGUAAAGUAACACUAUAUUUUUUAUUUUAGACCAUAAUAUCAGAGUUACUUUUUAAAUAAAGUAAUGCGUUGCUUUUGUACACCUCUACUGUCCUUGUAUUGCGAGAAAUCAGGAGUGAAAGUGUGAAAAUUUCGGAGAGGAGACGUAGUGCAUGAUGAGCAUUGUAGUUCUAGAGUGUGAGGCCAGAGACUAUUUAGCAGAGACGAGUCACUUCUAUUUAAAUGAAUUGGAGAAAUUGGAACACCCAACCAAGAAGCUCUAGCACCCAACAGUCAAUGGAAAGGAAGUCCCACCUUGCAUGUAAUAGAGCCAGUCACCUUUUAGAUAAAGACAUCACCUGUUAAUGAACUCGCUAAUGCUCAUGCGCAUUUCGUGUUUUAGAGUAAUAUUAGGUCAACAUUCGAUUGAGUAAAACGUGGUAGAUUUGUGUGUUAAUAAAAACACUACAUUAAAAAAAUCAUCAAAUGCGUAUAGGCAGAGGGAUUAUAAGACUAGUCUUCCACUGGCCAUGACAUGAUACACAGGGUGAAAUAAUCGCUCAAUUCACGGACUUAUGCAGCCGAGCUGCUCCGUGUUCCAGCUCCCCUUAACUGGGAGAAUGGGAAGAGAAAAGCUGACUCUGGAUCAGUGACUCCAAGCAACGUUCUACAUCAAUUGUGUAUGCAGAGAAAAUGUCUUCGUUUCUAAAAAUAUUCUACAUUUUUGUUUUAUAAUAAACAAGUAGUUUGAUUCAUGAAACAAACCGUUUUUAUGACAUUUUCGUAGCAUUAAAAACGAUUCCAUUCAAGUUGUAUCAAAAUGCACCUUUGAAGUUGUGGCAUCUGAAUGCACCAUGGGUCAGCACAAAACAAGCAUGCACUGAGAUGACUUAAGUGAAAAAUAUUCAUUUAUUCAUCAGACUUAUUCCUUGAACAUGUUAGACUGGCAUUCCCCACAUAAUUGUAUUCUGACUUCUGAAGAACAUCUCAAGUUGACUCUGGCAUUGUCGAUUAUGAUGACAUAUACGAUGCAGGUUCAAGUGUUGGACUUUGCUGCUUCAAGUAAGACAGUGGUUAUUCUUCAUUACUCAUACUGGCUGCCAUGUUGAUGAAAAACAAAUCAUGCAUGUUCAUGUUAUUGAUUCUUUAUUAUAAAUAUGAUGUGAAGACCUACUUUCUAAAUAUCUGUUUGUUUACUAUGUUGUUUUGACAUGAGUGUUGUACAGUAGCUAGCAUGACCUGUAAUGUCUCUUGUAUGCAGUGCAUGGUUUAUUUGUAUGGAAUGCAUAGCAUAGCAGAAGAGAAAGUGGCUGGGAGAAAAAAGUAACGCAAAAUUAAUGUAAAUGUAAAGGAACUCUUUACUUUCCAUAAAAAAUAACGUUUUAAUUAAGUUACUUUUUUAAGGAGUAACGCAAUAUUCUAACGAGUUAGUAACGUUACCCAACACUGCUCUUUCCUACUUCUUGGAUCACUGUGCAAUCUCCACAAAUAAGCUAAUAAAUUAAUUUCAACUCAUAUUAAUGUUUCAUGUCCAUUGUUUUGUUUAUUUGCCAAGUAGUCUUUUAAUAAUUUGGAUAAUGAUCAGUCAGUCAUUAUUUACAAAAUAAACACCAACAGAACUCAGAUGCAAACUGGAGGUGGAAUUAGGCUGUUUAACAAUUUAUUUCUUCUCACAUAAUUAAUUUCAAUGUAAAUCAGUAUUUUAUUUACAUGUAUUAAUUGAUUUGGCUAGUAGGUAUAAUAAGCAGGAUAAUGUACAGUCAGCCGGUUCUUAUCGCAAAAUAAACCCCUUCAGUGUGAUACAAGACCUGAUCACCCUGUUGGGGUUUAUUUUGUGAUAACAUCCAGCUGACUGUACAUUAUCCCUUACAUAUUACCCUGAAAUAAGUUUUAAAAAAAUGAGUGACCACAGCUGCAGUGAGGUUUCUAAUACAGCUGCAAGAAGGAGGGACAAAUAAUUUGGCAUCUUUCUCUCUUCUGACUGCUGUAAUCCACGCUUUCUACAUUUUUUCUUCCUUUGGAAAGCUGUGAAAGCAUAAUAGUGGAUUUUUUUGUUAUUAUUUAUUUUUUUUUUUUGGCUGUUGGAGCAAACGGGUUAGUAAAAAUUAUAUUUGCUGUGGUCUCCCAUUUACCCUUCCGCAUUCCAAACACGGAUAUGUAAAAAAGGGUCUAUGGCGUUAUCCGUUUACCUGUUUAACUGACCGAAGGCAGACAAGGGUAGUGUCCGGCAGGGGCACAGCUACCCAUUUAUCAUACAAUAUCAACUUUGGCGCCCCCCUGAACGUUUUGUCCUCUGACCAGCGGGGGGACCCCCUUGAAGGUUUUGCUGUCUGAGCACCCCCCAUUGGGGUUGAUUUGAUGCCCCCCUUUGUGUGGUGCCCAUAUGCAUUGCAUUCCCCAUUUUUGCGUCACUAGUGUUCGGGAAAACUGUUUGAAAACAAUAUUUUUGCAUUGUAGUGUUGCUAGUGGCACAGAAUUUACACACUUCAGCCUUAAGGCAUAAUUGCUUAUAGUGUGUGUAAGCCUAUAUAUUUCUGAAAUACAGGAAUAAUCAAAUGUUCUUUCUAAUGGACUGAUGGAUGUGUUAC